AUGAGUGAACAAGUAAAAUCAGCACCCAAAUCUAAAGAAGGAGAUGAUCAAGAGUUUUCACACUUGGUUGGGCCUAUAGCUGCUCAGCAGCCAAGCGAUGAGCAAGUUGAACAAGCAGAGCCACCAAUUGAGAAUCAGGAUAUCAUUCCUGGUCAAGAGCCAGAAGAUGCAAGAGAAUUGGAGGUUCAAGAGCCUGUCCUGGAGGCUGAUCAACAGGAACCAAUUCUGGAAGACGCUAGGGAUCAGUGUGGAGAUGGCCCUAACAUCAUAGAGCACAUUCUGUCAAAUUUGGAGCCUGUUAUAGUGCCAGAAGCAGGUGAAGGGCAACCUUACCUGUAA